CUUUAAAUCAGUAGCCCAAAUUGGCAGAAAAAACGCCAACCUGGCAACCCUGCCUUCCUCCCAUGUGGAUUUUCCUCACAGUGCCUGCAGGGUCCUAAAGCUCUCACUUGUUUCUCCCCUAACAGCAUAAAAGUAUGGACUCUAUUAAUGGGAACAAAACAAAAAUAGUAUAUAAAAGGGCAGAUGAUAUAAAACAUAAAUUAGUUCAGAGUUACCUGAGGACUAGCAGACAGGAAGCUGAGAGCAUUAGGACCCUGCAGGCACCUGGAGGAAAGUCACAUGGGAGGAAGGGAAGCAAGUGCUGAUGCAAGAAGGAGACUGCUGCUGCUGCUGGUAACAUAUACAACGUGGGGAUAUUUCCAAACUCAAAGUGUCCGCAUUGCAUUCUCCAUCUUGGUCAUCACUCUCUCUUAACAGCAAUACAGAAACAAUCAUGAGUGUGGGCUUCAUAGGAGCUGGCCAGCUGACUUAUGCCCUAGUGAGGGGCUUUACUGUGGCAGGUGUACUGGCUGCUCACAAGAUCACAGCAAGCUCUCCUGACACUGAUCUGCCAACUGUAGCUGGGUUAAGGAAACUUGGCAUCAAUUUCACUACCAGUAACAAGGACACGGUGAAGAGUAGUGAUGUCCUGUUCCUUGCUGUGAAACCUCCUAUAAUCCCAUUUGUGUUGGAUGAAAUUGGGUCUGAUAUUGAGGACCGCCAUGUGGUUGUGUCUUGCGCUGCUGGUGUCACCAUUAGUUCUAUUGAGAAGAAACUGGGAUCUUUUCAUCCAUCUCCCAAAGUAAUCCGGUGCAUGACAAACACUCCAGUAGUAGUUAGAGAAGGAGCUACAGUCUAUGCCACAGGGACACACGCAGAUGUGGAAGAUGGGAGGCUUUUGGAACAGUUGAUGCAGAGUGUAGGCUUCUGCACUGAGGUGGAGGAGGACCUUAUAGAUGCAGUGACUGGUUUAAGUGGCAGCGGCCCUGCUUAUUCAUUCACAGCUCUAGACGCUCUUGCAGAUGGAGGAGUAAAAAUGGGACUUCCAAGACGCCUUGCAGUCCGCCUAGGUGCUCAGGCUAUGUUGGGUGCAGCAAAAAUGCUUCUAGAAUCUGAGCAGCACCCAGGACAGCUUAAAGAUAAUGUGUGUUCACCAGGUGGAGCCACAAUCCAUGCCCUGCACUUCCUAGAGAGUGGAGGAUUCCGCUCAUUACUUAUUAAUGCUGUGGAGGCUUCCUGCAUCAGAACCAGGGAGUUGCAGUAUUUGGCUGAUCAGGAGAAAAUUCCAGCAGCAGCAAUCAAGAAGACAACAUUGAGCAAAGUCCAACAGGAAUCUCCUUCAAUAUCCACUGCCCCUCAGGGAUCAAAAGUCAGUCUAUUUAAUAAUAAGUACCCAGCAGGAGUUAAAAAGUUUUAAUAGGAAAAAUAAAGCCAUAAAGAAACUAGCUUGAGAACUGAAAUUGGGACUGGGUAUUAUUGGGGCUAGGUCUCACAAUAUGUGUGAAGAGGGGCUGAUCUAAACCUUUUGAUCUCCCCCAUUACAUUUUAAUUAAUUUUGAUAUACAUAAUUAAAGCCAACGGUUAUCUGUAAGAUAUGUAACUAGUAACUUAGAUUGAAAAAAGACAAGUAACCAAGCAAUUAAUAUGUAUACCUACCCUGUCAUAUCCAAAUUUAAAGGAGAGCUAAACCCUAAAAACAAAUAGAAAUGCCAUAUGUAUACUAUAAAUUGAACUAACUGCAUCAGCAGUUAAAACUAAUGAAGGGUUACUUGCCAAUUCACAUGUGUAUAUAAUACACGAGCCAUGAAUAUCCUGUAAAUUAUAUCCUUAUAAAUGAUGCUUACUGUAAUUUGUGUCACGUGACUCUUUGAAAUAGUGUUCCAUGGCCCUUGUCCUCAUGGCCAUAUAUGGUCAUCGAACUCCGUGGGUGACUUAUAAUAUCCUUAUAUUUUACAAAAUGGGAUGCAUUAUUUCCUUUAUAAUUUUAUUACUUUUAACUUAUUUAAGUUCAGGGAGCAAAAAUAGCAAUUUCUCUCCUGACAGGGGACUAAAAGACCAAGUAAGAGAAAGAGCUGAAUAAGGGCAUAAAGACUGAAAGAGCAACUUCUCUUUUUUCAGACUGCACAUGGAUCAAUCUGUUCUUACUUCAGACAAAUUAACUCUUUAAUUUGAUAGAGCAAAAUGCAAUUUAACAAUUUAAAAGUACCCUGUUCUUUGUCAAAUCUCUGUUGUGAAUAAAACACAGGCACAGGCUUUUAUACAAAAACUUGUAUAUGCCUGUACGAUCAAGCUGGUCAAUUGGCUAAAGCCAACAAUAUAUAUUUUGCAUUUUUAUAAUAAGAUACAUUGUACCAUUAUUAAGGCACAUGCACUGGCACAUCUAUAUGGGACUAAACAACAAUGUUGUCUCCCUCUCCAUAUGAACCUAAAUGUAACAGUGGCUGUAUCGCAAUUAUGUAUGAUAAACUGCAAGUACAACAUCUCAGCAAUAAAGUCCACUACAUUGGAAUACAUAAAACUUUAUAGGCAAAGUAAUACAAUUCAUGAAUAGAAACACAUAGUUGUUCUUUUGUUCUCAAAGUUUACUGAAAAAUUAUAAAAACAAACAAGACUACAUUUGUAUACAAAAAUAAACAUGUUUUCAUGUA